CAGCUGGCCUGGGUCGGAUGCGGGUAGGGAGUGGGCAGGUUAGGGUUGGGUGCGGGUCGAGAAAUUCUCCGGCAGGGUGCCCCAGGCAACUCGGCCGCCCACUUCGGCCCCCUCAGCAACAGUGACCGUAUGCACAUUCACAAUCGUAACCGAGGAAGCGUGUGCGCAAUCGAGCGUAACCAAGAACGCGAGUGCGCAACCGCACAAAUCACUUCGACUUCAGCAGUUCUCACUGAGGUAACACUUGCCAGACUAGGGGUAGGCUGCAUAUGAGGUACGUGCCUGGCGCCCCCAAGCUUUGCGCCCUAGUCACGUGCGUCUGCUGCCUACCCCUAGUUCCUGCCUUCUCUGGGGGACUGUGCUUUAUAGCAGGGCGUCUUUGAAGUAAAUAGCAAGUCAAUCUCCAGAGCACUGAUCCAUAAAGCGGCGCAGCGCUGUGCAGAAAGUAGUGUGAAUGAGAAGGGAUGAACAGCUUGAUUGUAACUGACUUCAGUGCAUCUAAUUGUGGGACAGGACAAAGAGCGAGUAUCUUAUCCCCUGGAACAAGAAUAUUUGGGGUUGGAUCAGUCCAUUCAUUUGUUUGGAUGUCGCCUUUGCCCCCACGCUGAUCGCUUGCACUCUGUGCUGUACGUAGGACUGUGUAAAACAACAGAACGUCCGCUUCUCGCACGUUCAUUCAUUCCCGCAGCAGCAGUUCCAAUACAAUACUCACGCAUUCACUGCACAGAGCGCCCUCACCUGCCCGUACACCUGUGACGUAGCGGAAAUGGGGGCGUUUCCGCUACUGACUCGGCGUGUCUGUCAGUCACUAGUGGUCACUCCCAGUUCCUAGUUGUAUUGCCUACUCAGGCGUCGGACCCGUUCGCGUUAUCUGCCUGGACUUUGUUGCUAGGAACCCGGCGAGCUAAGCGGAACUCGGUGUAGUCUCGUUGUCCUCUCUCGGUAAUCUGCCUAGAGCUUUCUGAUCCUUGUCGCACGGGCCGGCAGCUGGCGAGGCGAUUACACAGCGGCUUCUUGCGAACAGACAGAUUUUGUUCACUUAGAACUGCCCAGAAUCUGACUUCACCAAAAAAUGUUUCUUACUUCCUUGUGAUCUUCAAAGAGAUUCUUGUUUGCUACACUGAGACGUCUGCUACCAGCCUUGUCACAGAAGGUUUAGAGUAAUGCAUAAUCAGAGCAAAAAGGAUGACUGAAAAACUGCAUAUAUCUGGAGUUCACCAGCUUUUAUUGUAUACAUAUUGUUGGUGGAGUUAGCGUCUUUAAGAGCAGAAGAGGCAAUUUAUGAUGGGUGAAGAAAGAAGCCUGGGUGUCUCCCAAAGAAUGAUGUCUCCAUCAAGGAGCACAAGCAGCUGUUCUUCCAAGUUGGGGAGUCGACAGACCAAUCACAUUCAUCCUCAGAAGACCGUAGAAUUAAUAAAGAACCUAUGGGUAAGAAGAAGGCAGCUAAAAAAUCACAACAUAUGCUUAGCCUGUGACAAAGCAGCUUUGAACACAAAGACAUUGUGUGGAGAAUGCCUUCAGAAAGCUGGAAGUGAUUCCAGCUCCAAAUUUCAGACUCCAUGGAUGGAUAGCUGGGAGAUUGUUGAAGGCCUUCGGAGUAGCACAAACUAUGUUCAGGAGCCAGAGAAGCAAGAGGGAUUCCUUUUGAAGAAGAGGAAGUGGCCACUUAAAGGCUGGCACAAGCGCUAUUUCUUCUUGGACAAAGGAAUUUUGAAAUAUUCCAAAAGCCAGGCAGAUAUGGAGAGAGGCAAGUUACAUGGCUGCAUCGAUGUUGGGCUAUCUGUUAUGUCUGUGAAAAAAUCCACAAAGUGCAUUGAUUUUGACACAGAGGAACAUAUUUACCAUUUGAAGGUGAAAUCUCCAGAGGUUUUUGAAGAGUGGAUGCUGAGGCUUCGGGAUCACAGGCUUUACCGUCAGAAUGAAAUAUCAUCUGUGUUUCCACAUGAACUGAAUGCUCCGUUCUUCCCAAUGAUCUCAACCACAGAAUCUGCUUCCAGUGCUUUUGAUACUGUUCCCAGUCCUCAGGAUUUCAAUAGAAAGAAUUCUCUAAAGCUUGGCAACAAUCUUCCAUUCUCUUGUGUAAAUAAUGACGCAAGGGUUCCAUCAUGGCUCCAGUCUUCAGAUGAAAUGGAGAAAUGUGCAAAAGAACUUUCACAGUGUCACAGUUAUAUAGUGGAAAUGAGUAAUCUCUUACAGAACAUGGAGGUUCUUCAUAGGACAUAUUCAGCCCCUUCCAUAAAUGCCAUUCAGCUUGGUACCAUUGAAAGCCCUAAGAAAGAAAAAGGGAUACACAGGAGAAAGUGGAGAUCAAAAGGAUUGAAUAAAGAUUCCAAGGGAUCCUUACAGGUUCCUUCAGGGGUUAUGAGACUGCAUGCAUCCAACCCAAAUUUAUCAACAAUAGAUUACGCAGAAGAAAAGCAAUACUCUGGUGGUUUAGAAAAUUCGGAGUUCACCAAGAUGCAAGACAAUCUGUGUCAUAUUGCAAAUAAAGUUUAUUUCUCAUUGAAAUCAGCUUAUAAUACAGUCUUCUCGGAGAGGGAAAAACUGAAGCAGUUUCUAGAACAUGAUUCUUCCCUGUCUGCUCCAAUUGCUGGCCUAAAGAAUGCAUUAUCCUCGGACAGUUUAUGUGAGGAAGGAAAGACUCUGGUUCAUCAGUUGUCGAACGAGAGCCGCUUGUCAAUCACAGAUUCCCUUACAGAGUUCUAUGAUGCUCAGGAAGUGUUGCUGUCCUCGAGCUCCUCUGAAAAUGAGGUGUCAGAGGAUGACUCGUACAUCAGUGACAUAAGUGAUAACGCUUCAGAGGACAACCUGAGCAAUGAUAUUGACAGCGAAAGACAAUCAUUAAAUGGUGGCUCUGUAAUAACAGUGGAUGGUUCCUACAAGCACAGAACCAGUCUUCCGGCUACAUGUCCGAACACAGGCAACAUAAGUUUGUGGAACAUUCUUCGGAACAACAUUGGUAAAGACCUCUCCAGAGUAUCCAUGCCUGUGCAGCUGAACGAGCCCCUGAACACACUGCAGCGGCUUUGUGAAGAACUGGAAUACAGCAGUUUGCUGGACAAGGCAGCACAAACUCAGGAUCCAUUUGAGCGAAUGGUUUAUGUUGCUACAUUUGCAGUAUCUGCCUAUGCUUCAAGCUUCUACAGAUCAGGCAGCAAGCCUUUCAACCCUGUUCUAGGAGAGACUUAUGAAUGUAACAAAGAAGACCAAGGCUUCAGGUUUAUAUCAGAGCAGGUGAGCCACCACCCACCCAUAUCCGCUUGUCAUGCUGAAUCAGAAAAUUUUGUCUUCUUCCAAGAUAUGAGGUGGAAAAAUAAGUUUUGGGGAAAGUCUAUGGAAAUUGUCCAAAUUGGUACAACACAUUUGAUCUUACCCAGGUUUGGGGACCAUUAUCAGUGGAACAAGGUGACCUCUUGCAUCCAUAACAUUCUAAGUGGGCAGCGGUGGAUAGAGCAUUAUGGUGAAAUCAUUAUCAAAAACAUCAACAGUGAUAUCUGCCAUUGUAAAGUAAACUUUUUGAAGGCUAAAUACUGGAAUCCAAAUGUGCAUGAAAUUGAAGGGACCAUCAUGGACCGAAACGGCAAAGUGGUACAUCGCCUCUUUGGCAAAUGGCAUGAAAGUAUAUUUUAUGGUUCUUCCUCUGCACCCACCUGCAUCUGGAGAGCAAAUCCAAUGCCUAAGGACUCAGAGCUUUAUUAUGGAUUCACAAAAUAUGCUUUUCAGCUGAAUGAAAUAGACCCAAAGAUUAAAUGUUUUCUGCCAAGUACGGACACUCGAUUUAGACCUGAUCAGAGAUACCUUGAAGAAGGAAAUACUGAUGCAGCCGAAAUGCAAAAAGAAAGAAUAGAACAACUGCAGAGGGAAAGGAGGAAAGUCUUAGAAGAGAACAGUUUGGAGCAUCAACCUCGAUUUUUCCGGAAAACUAGUGAUGAUUCAUGGGUGACAAAUGGGACCUACUGGCAGCUUAGAAAAGAUCCAGGAUUUGCUAAAAUAGACUGUCCUGUACUGUGGUAAAAGGCAUUACAUUCUGUCCAGUGCUCGUACGGACCGUAUAUAAAUCUAAUACACAACAAUCUCUGUGUUGAAGAUACAGUUCUCUAACCUUGACCUACCAUGGUCUUAUAGCAAACUAUGUUCUCUAGUAUAUGCUGGCCCAAUAUAUUUCACUUGAAAGCAAAUAUUCCUGUUCUUACCUAUUAGAAUGCAUACAUCUUUUGGAAAACAUGGCUGCUCUCCCUGUCUCCUUUCAGAUUCUGAACUACAGGUUUGAUCACCCCCUGAUAACCCUCAAGCUCAGGUUAGAUAAAUGUGCUCUGAACAUU